AUGCUGUCAAUCUACUACGGCGCGGUAACAAGUCUGGGCGAAGAAGAGUGCGGCCAGCUCUUUCAAAGCAGACAAGCCCUGGUCCUGUCCGUCCUGCGGGACGAGGUAGAAGCAAUGCUUUCGAAGGCCAUGCUGAUCCACACCGGGGAUAUCCAACCGUUGCAGGCAUUAGUAUUGUACCUCAUCUUCCUGCGACAUCAUGAACCUCGGCUCUCCUGGAACCUUUCGGGGUUGGCCGUUAGACUUGCUCAGAAUUUCGGCAUUCAUAGGGAAGGCAGUCUACUCGAGAUGAGUAGUUUCGAUAGCCAGCCACCGCGGAAUCUCAACGACAUACAGCUGUAUCCGGCAAUGCUCGAGUAUCCAUCCGAAACUAGAGGCAUCACGGAGAUGACGUUUACAUUAGCCCGAUGCCAAAUCACGAGCAUGUACCGUUGCAUGGCGGACUCGAGAAGGCACUGUGAAAACAUGAGCAAGAGCUAUGCCGAAAUGUCACAGCAAGAGCGCAACGAUUGGAUCGACUUUUGUGAGCAAGAGUUUUCUCAAAAGUUCCUUCAAAAUUACUCGGCGACAAACGCUCUGCAUUGGGUUACCAUGGUCCUGACGAGAAUGCUAUUUCACAAAGUUAGGCUGCAUGGCAUCAACCCACAUGUGGACUCGAAAGAUAUAACAGAGCCAACCCGCAAGCGAUUAUUCGCCGUCGCUGUCGAAGUCAUAGAACUCAACUGCAAACUUCGGACUGAUCCCCGAACGCGUCCUUGGCUUUGGCUUUUUAGCUCCUACACUCAGUGGCAUGCAUUCUCUCUGGUCCUUCACUGGCUUCGAACGGACCCUCUUUGCAAGGGAUCCCGACGAGCAUGGCAGGCAAUUGAAAAAGCCACCGUGUUGAGGUGGGAGCAUCCUCCCUCAUUGUUGAGCGGUCAAAAGCCGCAACAAUGGCGGUCUGUUCUCAGACAGCUGGGAAAGGCAAGAUCUGCUCGACAAGAGGCUUUGGAUAGAAGAGGAAGAAGGGGUUCACGUACGGCUUCAGAAAAGACUGGGCAACCCUCGGCAUUUUCACUAGCAUCGACAACAUCUCAUGCUCCAUCCUCUUCAGGCAGUUCGCUUCCGAAGCCUUCCCAUUCCUAUGAUUCCUUGCUCUCAAGCAGCUCCCGGCAUCAACACCAAGUUCAGACCCCGGAGGUGGUCCGAACAAAUGCUCCGGGUCCUUUAACACCUCCCAUCACCACUACGGACGUCUCCCUGCAACGGGAUCUGAGAACGCCAGAACAAGGAAAUUCACAGAACACACACAGCGUCAACGGCUAUCAGUUUGACGAGAUUGGUGGUGUGUUGCCGCACCCGGACCUGAUGAUGAUCGAUGAAACGACGUUCUCGGCCGAAGAAUUUCAGGAUCUUCAGGGCUUUUCUUUUCUUGAAAACUAUUCUCUAGAAUAA